CGUCAUCCCUUUCCGGAUAAAGCUGAUGAAAGUCCGGCUCGCUGUCACCAUCUAUACGUUAUCCAGGUACUGAGAUAGUCCAUGGUAAACGACGAUGGCCGAAAUACAGCGUCGCUACAAGUCUGUCCUGAGUAAGUGGUUGGGAGGGAGGAAGGAGUUUACUCUGUUGUACCAGGCUACGAGAGAUGGAUGCAGUGCACCUGUGUUUCAUCAGAAGUGUAAUGGCAAAGGCCCGACGGUCACUCUCUUGUACAACACAGCAGGUUAUGUGUUCGGCGGAUACACCUCCAUCCCGUGGACAGCGACGACCGUCACUUGUCUGUGUGGUAACCAUGCCAGUUAUUCACCAGCCACUACCACAUGGAUCUGCCCUUAUUGCGGCAACAACCGUAACGAAUCCCACUUGUCUACAACAAGCCAGUAUAGCAAUGACCCCACAGCCUUCAUCUUCCGACUCACAGACAAGAAGUCCUUCAAGCCAAAAUGUUACCCUGUCAAACAAGCUGGAAAUGCAGUUAUGCAGAACAGCCUUAACGGCCCCUGCUUCGGGUCCGACCUACAGCCCUUCACCAAGACUGUCACCAAGACUCACAACUACUUCCAGGGAAAUGGGUCAAUAAAUGUGGGAACCCACUACAACAUGGCGGGAGAUGACAAGACUGCGUUCUGUGGAAACAACGUUCAGUAUACAGAUAUUGAGGUCUACCACGUCACAGAGUCCGAAAGCAAGCUCCUUGCUGAUGGUGCCUGGCGCCAAACUGGUCAAGUAAAUUACGAGAUGCUGCAGUCCUACAUUGAACGAUUCACCCCGCCAGAAGGCAGCAAGGUCAAGGCUGUCAACAUGCUACUGUUAGGUGCGGUUGGAGCAGGGAAAUCUAGCUUCUUUAACUCCAUCAACUCAGUGUUCCAAAGGGAGAUAACUGGUCUAGCUAGAAGCGGAAGUGCUGACAGGAGCUUAACAACCACGUACCGACGCUACAGAGUGAAGUCAAACGUGACCGGAGAUACCCUGAAGAUGCGUUUUUGUGACACCAGGGGACUGGAGUGUGACGGUGGCCUUGACCUUGUUGACCUCAUUGCCGUCAUCGAAGGUCACGUCCCAGACAGAUUCCAGUUUAACCCAACGGUGCCUAUCAACUCUGACUGUACGGGGUACAACAGUAGCCCCUCCCCAGAUGACAAGAUUCACUGCAUCGCCUUUGUCAUUGACGGUACAACUGUCGACGUUUUCCCUGAGAAAAUUCUUCACGCCAUCAAGUCACUACAGCAAAGAAUAAACACAAAAGGUAUACCCCAAGUGAUCAUCUUGACCAAGGCUGACAAAGUCUGCAUGGAGGUACAGGAAAAUGUCGGCAAAAUGUUCAACAGCGCCACCAUCGGUGAUCUUGUGGAACAAGCGGGACAACUCUUCGGCCUUCCUCGAUCGUGUGUGUUCCCAGUGAAGAACUACGAAGACGAGGUCGAGGUAGACAAGCGUGUUGAUAUGCCUCUGUUGCUGUGUCUCAAGCAGGUCCUAAGGUUUGCUGAUGACUUCCUUCAAGACUCUAUGUCCUCUGACUAGGACAGCAGUCUCGGUUUACCCAGUGGGAAUAUGAGAAAUUAGAUAUGGUGCAUACACUGCUGUAUGUACACGUCAUGUGAAUUGUGAGCUUGCCUGGGUUGUAGGCAUGAUUUAAAGAUGGCUUUAACAACUGUGAUGUUUUCAUUGUCUAAGAUCAGAAUUUUGUAUUCAGCACUCUUUUUUAGUCACCCUGUAAAAGUGAUCUGCAUUAAUGUUGUAUCCCCAUGACAAGCCUAUCUUUCCUUAAUAGAUAUGUACAAUAAUACUACCGAACAGGUACCUUUCACCCACAUGAACAGACAGUCGUUUUUGUCCACUCCGCCGCCUUUUGACCAAUAACUCCUGACCUAUUGAAUAUUGCUUGUUGAAACUUGCUAUACAGGUCAGUCUAGUAGUGAAAUGGUGCCUUUUGAUGAUUUGGGAUUUUUCAUUUUAUUUCGUUUUUGUUUUCAUGACGACUGGUUGGUACCGAAAAUGAUCCAGGUUUGGCACUCGCUGCAAAACUGGAAACGGUGUACAUGCUGCUGUCUGUACACUUGUGAACUGUGAGGUCUCCUGGGCUGUGUGCCUGCUUUAAAGAUGGUUCUUUAUAACCACUCUGAUGUGUUACGUUUCAAUGGUCAACCUUUUGUAUAUGUUCACCCUUUUCGUAGUCCUCCCGUGAAAGUACUUUGCAUUUGUAUCCCAAUGACAAAUGUAUUUUACUUUAAUACAUGUAUGCUGGUGUUACUGUCUUGUGCGUGUUAAGGGUCAUGGCCACACUUUAGUUUUCAUUUGGUUUAUAUGCAAAAUUAAUAUUUCCAAAACAUCGUGUUUGUUGUGGAUAUGGUCCAGCCAUGUACUUUUAAGUAUACUGUCUAAAAGUAUAUACCUCUUCAUGACUACUGAUAUUAAGCUGACGCUAGUUUAUGAAACAUACGUCACAGAUGAUAUAUGUUUAUAACUGACAGUUUCACACAAUCAACACACAAUCACUCCCUCAUCAAACAGAGUAAUACUGCAUCAACAAUAUGAGAGGUGACAAAUAUGUGUGCAGCUCUGAAAUAACAUGGAAAAAGCUACGUGUUCCCAAGGUCUUUGAUUCUAAGGAUUUGCUUGAAAGUUAGUUCAGUGCGGUUUAUAUGUCUUUUGAUGUAGAGAUGGUUUACUCUAUGAAUGUUUUUAUUACAGUCUGUCUAUUUUUGUCACUCGGGAACAAUUAGUAAAAUAGUUUACUUUUUAAUAGCCAUAUAGCAUUCGUUGUUCAGUUGUCAGUAGCACGUCACAUGUAACGACAUUGUGACUCCUAUGGUCAGGUAGAGAAACAUGUCACUAAUUAUGCCAAACCCACCAGUUACAAGUCACGUGACGGGCAAGUAGUGAGUGAGUAUGGUUUUACGCCGCUUUUAGCAAUAUUCCAGGAAUAUCACGGCGGGAGACACCAGAAAUGGGUUUCACACAUUGUACCCAUGUAGGGAUUCGAACCAUGGUCUUCGACGUGACGAGGGAACGCUUCAACCACUAAGCAUGUAAUAACGGGAAAAUAUGAGAAAUAAGAAGCGGCGUCUUCAGAAUUUGAUUUGCAGCUACCAUAAUUAGUUAUACCUGCUAACAUUCACCUCGCACUGGCAGAUGCAUGCAUGGCACUUACAGCACACGGCUAGCAAACAAAUAUCUGUUUUAGCUUUCCAAAUAUCCCCACAUUUCCAGUUAUCGUAUUUAUGUUUAUGUUUCGUAAUAAACUUUUGACAACGUC